ACUUGGCACAAGUGUUUCCGCAUGCUGUUAGCUAUGCUUCGAAGAGUGAAUAAAGACAACAUUGGCAGUUUUUCAGCAUCGUUUGCGCUCUCAGCUCUUAUUAUUUGUAUUUUCAAUGGAGUAUGGCUUCGUAGACUGUCACUGUCAUGUUUCAGCCCGUGAGUUUGAAGAGGAUCUGGAGGAUGUGAUUCAGAGGACCAGAGAGGUCGGCGUGAAGACGCUGGUUGCAGUUACAGAAGAGGUCGGAGAGUUUGACAGAGUUCUGCAGCUGCAGGAACGUUAUCCAGAUCUGGUGGCUCCGUGUUUCGGCCUCCAUCCGCUGCAGGCCGGCGGGGGGUCUGAGCAGCGCAGCGUGAAGCUUCAGGACCUGGAUGCUGCUCUGCCGAUGUUCUACAAACACAGAGAACGGCUCGUUGCUAUUGGAGAGAUCGGGUUGGACUUCACGCCGUGGUGCGCUCCCACUGAGCAGGACAGAGACGACCAGAUGAAGGUGUUUAUUAAACAGCUCGACAUCGCCAAGGAGCUCGAUCUACCUGUGAACGUCCACUCACGAUCAGCUGCUAAAGUCACAAUAGCAACCAUGAGAGAACAAGGUAUCGGUCGAGCUCUGCUCCAUAACUUUGCGGGGAAGCCGUCAGUGGCUCUGGAAGGGGUGAAGGCGGGUUUCUUCUUCUCUUUUCCACCUGCUGUCUGCAGGAACCAGCAGAGAGACAAACUGAUCAAGCAGAUCCCGCUGGAACACAUCUGUCUUGAAACUGACUCUCCUGCCCUGGGCCUCGACAAGCACGUGAGGAACGAGCCCUGUAACAUCGUUCUGUCCUGCCAACGCAUCGCUGAUGUCAAAGGCCUGUCGCCGCAAACGGUUCGACUUGUCACAGCGCAAAAUGCAUACAGACUUUUCCCCGGCGCUAACACACACGUACAUGAAACUGUAUGAAAGGUUUGGCCGGAGGAAAGGACAUGAUAUGUAUUACGUCAAAAGGAUUCUGCUCUGUUUUGAGCUCAAUACAAUCUUUUCAUAACAUUUUUAGCAUUUUAUCUGUAAUGUUGCUAACGUUUAUCUCAUUAGCGUGCUAUGUUAGCAUGCAGCUCAAAGUGUAGCUGAGACCAACAGGUUGUUAGUUGAACUUAUUGUGUCUGUGCCACAUUUCAUCUUAAUCUAUCCAGUAGUUAUAAAGAUAUUUGACUCUGGAGCAAAGUGCUGGACCAACAAGCUUUUGUCUACGUUUGUUAUUUGAUUAUUUGAAAGACA